AUGUCGGACAGCAAGGACGAGAUCACAGCCGUGAAGCCGGGGGCAGUCCAUGACGAGCAUGUCGUAAUUGAACAAGACUCACUGACAACUUGGCAAUGCCUCAAGGCUAAUCCUAAGAUUGUCAUGUGGACGCUUUGGGCCAACAUCGGCCCUCUCAUGGUUGGAUAUGAGAAUCUAGCAAUGUCAGUUUGUCUGGCUAUGCCCGCCUUCCAGAUGCGAUUUGCCACCCCAGUCAAUGGCACACUUAUCAUUCCUGCCUACUGGCAGUCGCUCUGGAGCGCCAUGUACAAUGUUACAACUAUGCUCGGUUCCAUGUCGGCCGGUUUUUGUCAGGAUCGGUUCGGUCGGCGGUCCGUCUUCCUGGCCUCGAUCUUGAUCGCUGUUGCUGGCAUUUCUCUGGUCUUUACUUCAAAUACUCCCCCCGAGUUUCUCGGUGGUAAGAUCGUCUCUGGUUAUGCCAUGGGCUUGAUCCUCGCCGGCACACAGACUUGGGUAUCGGAGGUUGCACCAUUACCAAUGCGAGGAAUUGCCUUAUCAACAUACGCGAUUAUGCUGAACCUCGGACUUUUGCUUGCUAUUUCCGUCACCUUUAGUCGAGUGUCGAUCAUGAAUGACUCUGCAUUCCGUGUCGUCUUUGCCGUUGCCUGGUGUUUUCCAGGCUUGCUAGCACUAGGGUUGCCUUUCAUGCCCGAAUCGCCUUACUGGCUGACGUCCAAGAACCGACACGAAGAAGCUCGCCGUGCUCUUGAGCGCUUGUCCCCGGCUGGCCAAGAAAUCGAGCCCCAACUUGUACAAAUCCAGCAUUCGAUCGAAACCGAACGUCGGCUUGCGGCUGAGAAAACAUCCUACCUUGAGCUAUUCCGCGGUACGAAUUUGCGCCGUUCCCGCAUUCUCCUCAUAUGCAUGUACAUGCCUCAGGUUGCUGGAGCCGUGCUAUCCUCCAACGCACCAUAUUUCCUCUCUCAGACCGGCAUGGACAACAAUCUGAUUGUCAAGAUCCUUCAAGUCGCUGUUAGCCUUGGUGUUGUCUCAGCUGUCUUGAAUGUUGUCGCCAUGACAAAGUUCAGUCACCGGACUCUUAUGUUCUCCGGGGUCGGUGUCUGCUUGGCCUUCUACUUGGCCAUGGGUAUUGCAGGUACCAUGGCUCGUACAUCGACCACGCUUACUGUCAUUGGCGUUGCAGUUGCCUUUCCCAGCAUCUCUUAUGGUCCCACAGUCGGGGCAUCCAUGGCUGUGGCUGGAGAGGUGUCAUCAAUCAAGCUCCGAUCCAAGUCUCUGGCAGUAGGUCAAGCUUUUUCCUCCAUCGUCUCUACAGUUUGGACAAUUGUCUUGCCCUACAUGUUUAAUCAAGAUGAAGCAGAUAUGGGCGGAAAUAUUGGCUGGAUAUUUUUUGGAAUGUCUGCUGUUUACCUCGUCAUUUUAUAUUUUGACGUUCCCAACACCAGAGGUCGGAGCUACGAGGAGUUGGAUCUCAUGUUUGAGAAGAAACUACCUGCAAAGAGAUUCAGCUCCUAUAAGUUCGACGACGAAGGCGAGAUUGCGGGUUAG